CCAGAUUUACAGUUUCUUCUGCUACUGCUCAAGCGCAACUUCCAACCAAUCGCAACAAGCUUCUCAUAUGUUCAAAGCAAAAGCUGAGAAUCGAAAUCCGUGAUGAAGGCAGCUCAAUUGUCAAGAGUGAUUUGUAAUUUAUGUUCACCUUUGGGAAUUGCUGAAAUACGUCGUCAGAUACCAAUUAUUAGCGGCAGAAGUCACAAAAUUUCACCAAUGGCCAGCGGUGAACAUGACAACACCAGAAUACAUACAUUUUAUACGAAAAGAUUAAGUGGAAGUAGCAGCAGGACAGAUGACAGUCAAACAAGGCAAGAUGCUUCUGACCAUGAUUAUUAUAUUUCUUCAAAUGAAAAUCAGUGCAGACGGCCAAGUACUGCUGAAGAUGAACAGAGGGUGAAGAACCUUCUGAAGGAAAUUAUUGCCUACCGAGAAAACAAAGUUAGCAGUUGGAUUGUUGAGAGCAAAGUUAAAAACCUCUGUGCUGCAUACAAAUACCUUCUGAAGUCACAUCGAGAUGGUUUCCUUAAAGUAUUAGCUUGCGACCAUGCAGUGGAUCAUCAGAUGGUAUGCAAAGCAGCAGAAUCACUACUUUCUAUAGAGCAGCAAAAGCCUGACGAUGAAUGCAACAGACGCCAGAUUAUGAAAGGAGAAGAACAGCUGAAAAGUCUUCUCACUCCACAAUACGCAUGGUUGUUCGUGCAUGUGGGCCGUCUGGAGAGAGGGGUCAAGUUUCUUGUUGAUUUACGAACAGAUGUUUUGGCCGUGAUUUCGGAACUGGAUGUUAAAGAUCCUGCUAUGGUACCCAUGCAAAAGCUGAAUCUUACACUCAGGGAGAUGCUGUCUUUAUGGUUCUCUGUUGGAUUUCUCAAUUUGGAAAGGAUCACGUGGAGAUCACCUUGCGAAAUGUUACAGAAAAUUUCAGAAUAUGAAGCAGUACAUCCGAUGCGUAACUGGACAGACCUGAAACGUAGGGUGGGACCUUACAGAAGAUGCUUCGUGUACACACAUAGUAGCAUGCCUGACGAACCACUCGUGGUAUUACAUACGGCACUGAGCGAUGAAAUUGCCCGGUCUACGAGAGGCAUCGUGUCGGCUACGUCACGGAUGUCGGUUGAUGCUUCUGCGUGUCCUGGUACGAUUGUUGAUGCUCAUACCGAGGACCCUUCCCACGUGAAGGCAGCUAUAUUUUACUCUAUAACAUCAACGCAGAAAGGACUUCAGGGGAUUGAGUUAGGAAAUUAUUUGAUCAAGAGAGUUGUCAGAGAACUGAAAGCAGAAUUUCCUCGAGUAAGCAAAUUUUCUAGUUUAUCUCCAAUUCCUACAUUUCGUUUGUGGCUUCUGGAAAGACUGAAGACAGCCGAGAAAGGUCGGAGAGAAGUUCUGACUUCUGAGGAAGUUGAACAAUUAAAAUCUUAUCUACAGACUGAUAUGUUGUGGUCGGAACUGAAGAAACUAUUUAAAACCAACGGCUGGGCCGCCGAUACGAAGCUCGUGUCGUUGCUGGAAGCCCCGCUGAUGCGCUUAUGUGCGGAAUACCUGUACCUGGAAAAAAGAAGAGGUUAUGCAUUAGAUAAUGUUGCAAAUUUUCACCUCCGAAAUGGAGCAGUGAUGUGGCGGCUGAACUGGCAGGCCGAUCCGAGCGCUCGAGGUCUUGGAAACUCUUUUGGCAUCAUGGUGAAUUACAGAUAUUUCUUGGAAGACGCAGAGACAAACAGUUGUGCGUACCUAGAGAAACAAUACAUAGCGGCAUCUGACGAAGUACGCCAGUUGGCUGUCGGAGCUAGAGACUUGACGGAGAAGUUCACUUCCAAAAUGUAAUAAGACGAGGAAUGCAAGUGUGAGCAUCUGUAGUAGCUACAAAAAUUUUGGAUCAUGAAACUGUAGUAACACUCGCUGACAUGGCCACUGAAUUUUUCAUAAAUAUAAGUAAAAAAAGGACUUCCACGGUCAGAACGCUGGCCUUGUAAUCCUGGGGUCUCGGGUUCGAUUCCCGGCGGUGCCCGAAUUUAUAACUUGU